AUACGCCCAUUCAUAGACUCGCGUCCUUUGAAAAAGAGCGUUACCGUUGGUGUACAUGUAUUGGCUCAGUGUGUGUAUGUCCCUGCCUUGCAAAGUGUGUCUGAUUUGUACUGGUUGACACAGGAAUAAAGUGCUCCCCUUUCCAAUUACAAAGUGCUGGUUUGGGUGGAAUAUUGGAAUCCGGAAUAUUUCUUGAAAGAUUUGCGUAGAAACCAUCUGCCAAGAUGACUGCGAUGUUUAAAAACGCCGCCAGCACCGUGCUGAACAAAAUCAGCAAAGAGUCGCUGAAAUGUGGCCUCUGCCAAAACUUCUACUUCAAGCCCAAAAUCAUGGACUGCGUCCAUACCUUCUGCGAAGAUUGCCUCGUGAAAUACCGCAACAUGAAGUAUCCCAAGAAUACGCGGAUCCCGUGUCCGGUGUGCAGCGACGAGACGGAAUUGCCAAUCGGCGGGAUCACUGGGUUGAAGUCUAACCUUCACUUGAGCGGAGUUGUCGAGGAGAUGGUUCUGCACGAUCAGCUACUCGGUGCUAAGGGUAAGAAGUUGGAGUGCGGCGGGUGUGAUGAGAAUAAAGAAGCCAUCGCGAGAUGUAUGGACUGCGAUCACUUCCUGUGUCAAGGGUGCGUCGAGGCCCACAAGCGUUUCGCCAUGAUCAAGAAUCAUUCCAUCGCAACGUUGGACGAGCUUCGAACCGGGAAGAUUGAGUUGAAGAGUCCGGCCCGUAAGAAGGCACCAGAGUGUGAGAAUCAUCCAGGCGAGAAGAUCCGCUGCUUCUGUGAGACAUGCAGCGAGUUGAUCUGUCUGGAAUGCGCCUUCUUGGGACACGCCCGCCCCCAGCAUGAAUCUGUCAGCAUCAGGGAGGCCGCCAAUCGACGCCGUCAGAGCAUGAGAGACUUCUUGCCAAAAACCGAAGAGGUUGUUAACGAGUUCCAGCAGGUGCAGAAGGGAUUGAACACAGUCAAGAAUGAUCUGAAGAUCAAUGCCAGUGAUGCUAGAAAGAGUAUUCAAGAACUGGUGGCUUCCAAGAUCUCCGAGCUCAGAAAGAAAGAAAAGUCCUUACUGGAUGAGAUUGACCAUACUGAGAAGCAGAGAGCCCAGACAAUGCAACAGAGCGAUCAGAAAGUAACAUCCUUCAUCGGUAAGGCUCGUCACUCCUUGGAGGUUGCCCGUAACGCCAUCGAGACCGCCACGGACUCUGACUUCCUCUCGCUCCAUCCAACGGUGGAGAGAGACCUGCAGAAUCUGACGGAAAAGAGCCCACCACAGGUGCAUCAGAAGCUCUCGUUCCUGAAGUUUACCGGUCUGGCAAAGGAAGCCGCCGACAACGUAACUCUUGGCCAGGUCGUCAAGAGAGGAGAGUGGGACAUGAUGGCAACGUUCGGAAAAGAAGGAACCAUGGAGGGUGAAUUUAAGUGGGCAAGAGGUAUCACUGCUUGCCCAAAUGGGGAUAUCGCUGUGGCCGAUCGUAACAACAACCGUGUUGCGGUUAGUUCGAGCGAAGGCAAUCACAAAGUGAGCAUCCCAGCUCAAAGUGCACGUAAUGUUGCAUGCGAUUCCAAGAAUCGUCUGGUCGUGAUUGACCGCUCUGGAUUGGCCACCGUUUACAACGGUGACCGCAAGCAAGUCCUGCAGUUCCCAGUGGCUCCUAGUGAGCAGGGAACCGUGGAUCCUCGUUGCGUUGCUAUCGACAAGGAAGAUCGAAUCUACAUUGGUGACUUCACUCGUCAGUUGAUCAGCAUCCACAGCCCAAUCGACGGAAAAGUUGAACGCAUCAUCCAGGUCAACAUGAAACCAGAGUUCAUCUGCGUCACCGGUAAGAACCUCAUCCUCAUGAGUAAUGCCGACGAGGGCAAGGUGGUCGCCGUCGACCCAUGGGGCGCUAAGGGUAACGAGGCCUUCGGUUUUGAGACCGUCUUCGAAGGAGAGAAGAUGAAGCCUGCCGGAAUCGCCAUCGAUGGUAACGACGAGAUUUACAUUUCCGGAUACAUGGGAUACAUCAACACUGGACAGAUCCAUCACUACACCGCACGUGGGAAGCAUAUUAAGUGUAUUGCUGAUAAGCAGUACAUGCCGCAGGGUAUCUGCUUUAACACAAAAGGAAUGCUCAUUAUGGCUAAUUAUCAUUCUGUUCGGAUCUUUAACAUGUCGUAGAUUGUUCCCUUCAUGCUCUAGUGUUUUAGGCACUCGCAUUGUUUGAAACUGGGUUUGCUUCUCAAACCAAAUCAAAGGAAAACUUACGCUGAACACAACCGAGACGUAAUUUCAUAGAGUUGCUUUCAGCAGGAUUGCAGUUUAACUUCUUGAGCAAUUUUGUUUACGAUUCUGUGGUUUUGUAAGCACAAAAUUGACUGUUUAGGGGAAAAAUAUUAACAGCCGUUAAGCAGCUCUAUAAAGUUAGACCCAUAACUUUACAAAUAAUUAUUAAGUACUAUUUAGGCAUUUAUCUGUCUAACCAUUCCAGCACUUGUAACAGUUUUAACAUGUUCUGUAUUCUACUAUUCUUCAGUCACCAAAUCUUCCAAGUUUUCAGUUACUUUAGAUAAAAUUUCAAUUUUAUUCCGAAGUUUGAAUUGUCAAUAGACAGCAGCUUUUGUAUUCAUUUUCCGUGAUAUUCAGUAAUUGAGAACUUGGAGAAGUGGGAAGGAAAUGCUGUGAAAGAAAAACGGAGUGUGGACUUUUUGAGUCAUUGAAAGGAGGGGGGGGGGACAUGCAACAUUGAAGGGAGACAAAAUUAAGGAAUGUACAAAACUAUGUUAGCCCAUCCAGUAUGGGGUAUACACAGACAAAACGGAAAGAAUAUUCCAGUUUGGUAAUUUAAAAGCUAAAUAAUAUCUUUUUUUUAGUUUUGAAAUUGAGGCCAGUUUUCAAGAAUUUGCCGGACAGUAUUUGAAAAAGUCUGAAAGGUUGUUGCUAGGUUCUUCAGAGUUGCUACAGGAAAGCAUAAAAGGUAUGAUACAAUAUUGGUGAAAAGUUAUACAGAUUUAAUUUCAGGGUGUAAUAUUUUUUAAUUUGAUAACUAUAAUUUGAUAACUGAAAUACUGUGCUAAGAUUUACUUCUCCAGUACUCGGUUAUUAAUCAAUUCAAUCGAAAUGUGAACCAAAUUCAUAACCAAAUUCAAACAGGCACAAUUCAGUAAAAUUUAAGCUUGAAGGAUUGUGACACUGAUGUCUGAUUGCGUUGGCGACACAAUUUGUUCACUAAGAGGGAAGUCGAGGCUAUUUUUGUAGUAGUCGUGGCGGCAUGAUUAACUGAGUAGUUAAAAACGGUUGUCGCAACUCAACUAAGCAAUCAUUCGUCGCAGUAGCUGCCCAGCCCAGGCCAAUGGAUAAUAACCCCAUCUCUAGCAAAAUUCAGGGCAGAAUUAAAAUCAAAACCAUGAAAACUUUCCAGACGAUCGUUGCAAAUUUCAAAUUCUGAUUCUGAAACUUCAGACUGAAUAAUUUUGCAGGAUGCUUAUUACUAUUAGCAUCUUCACAUGGAGUAGUCCUGUAGUGACAAUUUCCAUAAUUAUCUUUUCGAGGUCAAUACAAAAGUAUGACCCUAUUUUAAAAGUAGGGAAUUGGAAUGAGUUUACUCUUUCAAAAGUUAAUGAUGUAUCAUCAUUCAAAUUGUGUAUAAAUUUCAUAAUUUGUAAUCCGAGAUUUCCGAUUCCGUUGUAGUGCGCCUUUAAGGGGUCGUUCGAAACAGUAGUUAUAUUAUUGUACAGUGUGUGUUUACUAGUGGGAUUAGGUACAAUGCUGCUAUGUUUUAUCGCUGUAGCUUUACUUUAAGAAUGUAUAUUGUAUAUGUAGCACAUGAUAAGAAUUCAUUUUUAACGGAAAUAAUGUAGGCUUAGUGGUAGAUUAAAAUUAACCCUCCAAAAACCCAAUUUCAUCUAGAGUUACUUUAGUUGGAACAAUGGUCCUAAGCAUGAACAAAUUAUGCUUACCAGUUAGAAUAAAUUACCUGCUCAAAUUGCCAUGUCACUUGUGCCAUUUGUUACAACCAGUUUCCUGCUUUGCUUUGAAGACAUGUUUUAAACAAUUCUCUGCUCACAACCACAGUGGAUGAUACUGAAUAGUCAAACAGUAGGAGGGUUGACUGUGUACUGUGUAGAUGCAUUCACCACAUCUUAUAUUGAAGGCUGGCAUAGUUUAUCAUUCAAACCCAUAUUGGAGGAUAUUGAAUAGUCAGACAGUACGAGGGUUAAUUUUGAAUUUUAUCUACACUGUUUGCAUUAUGUAUACUUUUAAAUGUCAAAUAAUUCAUUAGUUUCUUUGUAAUCCUAAUUAUUGUACUUCGCUAAUUUGGACAGGUCUUUUUGGGCUACUAUUAUAAUCACGAUUUGUAUUUUUGUUUCUUUGGAUAUUAUUUUUUUCUUACAAACUGUCACGUAAUCAUACCAAAAGGUACUUGGUCACAUUAUCGUUAUGGUUUAUUCUGAUUAAAAUAAUUGAUAUUUUUAUUAACACUUUUUAGACCGUACUAAAGUGAUCCACGUUUAUUGUACUUUUUUUAAAGGAACCCUAGACUGGUUUCCAGUCCCUCAUCAAAACGUAAUUUUUGUUGAGGUAGCUUGUGUAAAAAAAGUGCACCUUUUCAAAAGUUUGAAUGAGUGUCUCUAAUUUUCAUUUCAUUUUUACAAUGUUUAUGCCUCAUAAAAUUUCUCACCGUCUUAUCAUAACAACUGUUGUAUACUAUGGGCCACUAUUUUGCAUAUUAUAAUUAUAUUUUUUAACAAAUUCUUGUGGUGAUUGGGUUCAGUAUCUAAAAUAUAUUUUAACAAAUCACUCUUUAUUCUUUUAUUUAACACGAUAACUGUUUUAAAAAAAAUCAUAGUACUUUACAACAAGAAGCAUACAUAAAAAUGUAAUAAAAACAUUUGAGUUGUGUAGUUGUGUGAUCAGCUAAAUCACUAAUAAACAAAGAAUUAUCUGCUGUUAUGUAAAAAAAAAAGUCAAGUUUAAUAUUACUUGUAUUCAGAUUUUCUGAAAAUAUCGUUAGGAGUUAUUAAAAAUUUCAAGCAAGUCCUAAAUGUUGAA